UCUCAUUUGCAGCGGCAGCGGAAGAAGGCAUUCUACAUGUUUAGCCAACAGAAUGCCUAGAAUUUAAUCUAUGCUUUGCCUGAUUCUCAGCAACAGUACCGGGACGGAAACAGUUUAGCCUGGAUAAUCACUUGACCCCUCCUGUAGGCGUAAACGCGAUGCUUCUAAACCGCUCAAGUGUGAGGCAGACGGGAAACCUCCUUUCUAAAGGGAUUCCGCUGUGGAACGUUCCCGGGAGGGAAGCAUUGUGACGUCAACGCACCUAUUAAUCCUCCCUGUUGAGGGGGAGCCUGGAGCCAUGAGGUCAUCGAAGCGACCAGUGUAACUAUCCCGAGAGCAGCGCCAGCGCCAGCAGGAGCUUCAGCAGCGGGGGGAGGGGAGCCUGCCCAAGCAAGGCCGCCUGGGAUCUCGCAGCCGCACUCCAGCUGCAACCGAGGCUCGCCGCCGCGAGUUUCUCGCAAAAGCAUGGAGGAGGCUGACACGAAAGAGCUGCAGGUCGGCUCCUGGCUGCCCGUGCUGGUGGAGCAAAUGGUGAACGAUACCCUGGUGGUCACCUUGAGCUGCGGGGAGAGGCGGUUCACCGGGAUCCUCCUGGAUUGCACUAAAAAGUCUGGACUAUUUUGUGUCCCACCACCUUCAUUACCAAAGACAGAUGAUCCUCUUAGCAAAAGUUGCACUACUAAUGGGAAAUCUGAAGACAGACCACCCAUAGAGCUGGAGGCUGACCAGUGGUGUUCAGAAGAAAAACCCACCAAGGCCAAUGGUGAAGAACAAGUCCCACCCCUCUUGCCUCCACCACCAACAGGCAGUGUUCCUCCUUACCCUCCCUAUUUUGAAGGAGCCCCCUUCCCCCCUCCGUUAUGGUUGCGGCAUACAUAUAAUCAGUGGGUACCUCAGCCACCUCCGAGGACUAUAAAAAGGACAAAGAGGCGUUUGUCUCGAAACAGAGACCCUGGGAGGCUUAUCAUGAGCACAAUUAGGCUGAGACCAAGGCAGGUGCUUUGUGAGAAAUGUAAGAACACUCUGAAUCCAGAGGAGGGUAACAAAGCCCAUCAAAAUGCAAAAACCCAGAGGAAGCUAAGCAUCCAAGAUAAGGAGCAAAAAAGACACAGCGAAUCUGAAUAUGUGGAGAAAAAGAGCAAAAGAGAAAGGCGGGAGGAGGAAAAAUUUUCUGGGGAACAGCUGCAACGGACUCCAGUUAUAAAAAUAUCUUAUAGCACCCCUCAGGGGAAAGGCGAAGUUGUGAAAAUUCCCUCCCGUGUUCAUGGUUCAGGGAAGACGUUUUGCCCUCAGCGACUUCUCCAGAAUGGUGGGGAGGACCAAGAUGAGGCCCAAGACUCAGAACAAGAUCAGGAAAGCAAAUGUUUCAUGGACAAGCAGUCCAGUGGACACCAUGCUUCCAUUCCAAAGUUAAAGCUAACGAGGCCUGUGCAUUCCAGUGCAGAUGUGCCCCCUCCCAAAAUCCGUCUGAAGCCCCACCGGCUCAGUGAGGGGGACAACGUCUCCAUUUAUAAAGCAGAACUUAUUGAUGAGAUGAAUGUUCUUCCCAGCAGCGGAGUGCUGCCCGCUGCAGCAGCUGCUGCUUUUUACAGUGAGUCUGCAGAACGGAGUUUAGCUGAGAUGUCUUCAGGGAGCUCCUGUGAAGAUGACGACUUCAAAAGGUUUCCUCAAGGCAAAGAUGGGCACGAUAACUUGGCUUUUCUCAUGAAUUACCGCAAACGGAAAGCAGAUUCUUCUAGCUUGUCAGUCUGCAGCAACGACAGCCUUGAUGAAUCCAAAUCUUCAAGCUCAGAAGUAGCAUCGCCAGAAAUGUGUGACUUUUUACCUGGUGAUGAUGCAUCUGUCUCCUCAUCUUCUAAAGAUGACCGUAAAAUUGUGCCCCCGCUAACUGUUAGACUGCACACCCAAAGUGUCUCCAAAUGUGUCACUGAAGAUGGAAGGACUGUUUCAGUGGGGGAUGUUGUCUGGGGCAAAAUUCAUGGCUUCCCUUGGUGGCCUGCCCGUGUGCUGGACAUAAAUCUUAGCCAAAAGGAAAAUGGAGACCCUUCCUGGCAGGAAGCAAAGGUUUCAUGGUUUGGUUCUCCAACAACGUCUUUCUUGUCACUAUCAAAACUGUCCCCCUUUUCUGAAUAUUUCAAACUGCGAUUUAACCGUAAGAAGAAAGGGAUGUAUCGGAAAGCUAUUACAGAAGCUGCCAAGGCAGUGGAACAUUUGACUCCAGAAAUAAGAGACCUCUUAACGCAAUUUGAAACAUAAUUUUGUCUUCAAAAACAAGUAACAGAAGACAAGAGCACAGCUGUCCUAGAGUUUCACAAAGUCUGUAAACAUCCUGACACGCUUCCCUCGGAGAAUCGUGAGGUUUCAUUGCACAAGACGGCAGGAUAAGUUUCCAGACUGGCCUUGCUCAUCAUCUGUGAAAGAGAGCUGGCACCUGGAUUGCUUAGGAAGUCUUCCAGAGGCUGGUCUGACCAAAUGUCAUAAGGCUACUUAACACAAGAGAAGCAACUUGGCGAGUAGUAUCUUGAAGAAUUUGGAGUAGAAUGAGAUACUACACCUUGGAAUGUAUUUAUUACCUAUAAAAUGUUAGCUACUCUUCAUAAUUUCCCUUCUCCUCCUCCUCCUCCCCAUCCUUGUUAGAUACAUGUUGCUGCUGCUUUUCCGUAACAAGAUUUAUCAUGUACUCUUGUUUAAUUUUAACAAUGGAAAACUGUUGACUCCAGUUAUGCACAUUCUUGAGAAGGGAUAUGCAAUAGAAAGGAAUCAGUGUAGUCUUAAAAUAAAAUGGACUCACUUGUGUCUAUUAAAAUUUGGAAACUGUUGAACUCAU